UCUUCCUCGAGUUGAAGAAACUUACUUCCGCGGUUCGUUUAAUGAAUGUGUUCAGCGGUUCGAUUUCUUCAUGUCUCUUUCGUAAACAACAGCGGUCCCUCCGGGAUUUUACCUUCUUGUUCUUUUUUAUCGGACGUUCCUUUUUGAUUUCUUAUUUGUUUCGUUCGAAAAGUCGAUUGAGAAGCUUAUCGUGGGGAGCGAGUUAAAUAUCUAAAACAUUUAAUGUAAAAAAAAUAAAAUUGCACAUAUUUGUGGAUUUUUUACAUACAUUUUUACAUUUUACAUUUGUUUGUAAAUAUUUUUCUCUUUUAAACUUCUUAUACAUCAUGUCAGAAAUUUCGGAAAACCUGUGCCAAAUGCUUUGAACUUAAAUUGAAAAGUACGAAAGGUCGAGAGUCGGAUCUAUAGAAUGGCCUAAGUUGCCAAUCCAGGAAAACACACAAAACCUCUAGUACCCAAUAUAUUUCCACCAGCCGAGGAGGAUGUGCGACAACAGGCUAUUAUGGUUGUAAUAAACAAAAGUUUAAGUACACCUGUCCACGCUGUAAUAUAGCCUAUUGUUCUGUGGAUUGCUAUAAAUCUCAGGCCCACAUAAAAUGUUCCGAAGCCUUUUACAAACAAUGCAUACAAGAUGAAUUGGCAGCGAAAAUGGGGGACGGUGGCCAAGGGAAUAGCGAUGAUGUACGAAAAAUGUAUGAUAUUUUGAGAAGAAUACGAGAAUCUGAUGCCGGCAUACCGAUUGAAGAUUUUGACCGAGAUUCAUUAGAUUCAGAUGAUGAAACUUGUGGACCCGAAGACGACGAAGAGGCAGACACCAAUGGGGUGGAAGGAGGCCAACACGGCGAAUUUGAAGAAUGCUAUGAAUUAGAUAUUGCUGAACGUCUCAAAGAUGUUGAUAUCAAUGAUGCCGAUGAAGUAUGGGAACACCUGACACAAGAGGAAAAAGAAGAAUUCAAAAAGCUCCUUGCGACGGGAGAUAUUAUGAAAUUAGUACCAGAUUUUAGGCCAUGGUGGUUAAAAGACAAUAAAACUUCCAAAAUUGUCGAUAUCUCCAAGAAAAACGAAGGGGAUUGUCAUCGAAAUAUUCCACCAAUUUAUGAAAAUAUAGCAACCUUUUCUACAAUUUGUAGUAAAGAACCGGCACCUUGUCUCCACUACAAUUUGUGGAAUAUAUUGACUGCUUAUGCUUGUACAGCACGCUAUUUUCAUGGUGAACAAUUGGCAAAUCCAAAUGAAUCUGCUGCAUUUAUGGUAAAUUUAAGUUCCAGCCUUAAAUAUGGUACAAAUUUUGAAGAGGUCGAGGAUGCGAUAGUCUCUGUAGAAAUGGAAGCGUUGACUACAGGAAAUGGUGCUGCUCAACUUCUACCAACGAAUUCACCUCAAACGUUGAUAGUUGAAAGCCGUGACCAAUUGCAUGCCGAUGCCAAAGCCUUAAUGUCAACACGUCACAAUAAAUUGGCAGCCUUAAGUGAUAUUUUGAAAAUAUUUCAACUUACCAAGAAUAUUCUCAAGAAAGCCAAAAAAGAACAUGCCGAGUUCCAAAAGUUAUUUGCUUUAAGCAGCGGCAUGGAAGAGUUGACACGUACAAAAACACAACAGAUUGUAAAGAAAUUGGAAUUUUAUUUAUCAUAUGUUAAUCGGGAUGCUGAAAGUGAUUUGAAAUAAUAACUGUAGAUAAUAUUAAA